UGAAAAGUCAAUCAAUUUCAAUAGAUUUGUAUUGUUGGAAUUCAUGUAUGAGAAAGAAUUUUUCAAAUCUAAAGACUAGUGAAAAUAAUAUAGCCAAGCAAAAUGCCCGCAGCUACUGUGGCUAAGCCGGGCCAUGGUCCUAAUCAAGGCAUAUUCCACAAUACAACCGGCUUUAGUACGCUUAUCACGGUUACAGUUCUGACCCUUGCUUGGUUGGCCGGCUUUGCAUCCCGGCUUUUUGCAGUUAUUCGUUUCGAAAGUAUUAUUCAUGAAUUCGAUCCAUGGUUCAACUAUAGAUCUACUGCAUAUAUGGUGCAGCAUGGGUUUUAUAAUUUUUUGAAUUGGUUCGAUGAGAGGGCUUGGUACCCUUUGGGAAGAAUUGUUGGGGGUACAGUUUACCCAGGUCUUAUGAUCACAUCGGGUACCAUACACUGGAUUCUACACGCACUUAAUAUUCCCAUUCAUAUUAGAGAUAUUUGCGUGUUCUUAGCCCCUGUGUUCAGUGGUCUAACUGCAAUAGCCACUUAUCUGUUAACAUCGGAAUUGUGGUCAAGAGGAGCCGGUCUGUUUGCCGCUUGUUUCAUAGCAAUAGUGCCAGGCUACAGCAGCAGGUCUGUGGCAGGAAGUUAUGAUAAUGAGGGAAUUGCGAUCUUUGCAUUACAAUUCACAUACUACCUGUGGCUAAAGAGUGUUAAAAGUGGAUCUGUUUUCUGGUCAAUAUGCACAGCUUUGUCAUAUUUUUACAUGGUGUCAGCAUGGGGUGGAUACGUUUUCAUCAUAAAUUUGAUCCCCCUUCAUGUGUUUGUAUUGCUGAUAAUGGGAAGGUUCUCUCAGCGACUGUUUGUCAGUUACACAGUGUUCUAUAUCAUAGGACUACUGUUCUCCAUGCAAAUACCAUUUGUGGGCUUUCAACCAAUCAGAACUAGUGAACACAUGGCUGCAUCAGGUGUAUUCGCUCUCCUAAUGGCAGUCGGAGCUCUGAAAUAUUUGCACAGUCUAAACCCUAAAGGACAGUGGAAGCAGUUGUUAAUACUUGGUACACUUGUAGCAGCCGGUGCUGUGUUCCUUGUAGUUGUUCUGUUGACUUAUAUGGGAGUUAUUGCUCCAUGGAGUGGGCGGUUCUAUUCACUUUGGGAUACAGGAUACGCAAAGAUCCACAUUCCUAUAAUUGCAUCAGUAUCGGAACAUCAGCCCACAACAUGGUCGUCAUUUUUCUUUGACCUACAUGUUCUUGUUUGCACCUUCCCUGUGGGGUUGUGGUAUUGUAUCAAGAAUAUCAAUGAUGAAAGAGUCUUUGUCGCGCUAUACGCCCUAAGUGCGGUAUACUUCGCCGGUGUGAUGGUGCGUCUCAUGCUCACACUCACUCCGGUGGUGUGCGUGUUAGCUGGUAUCGCAUUCUCUAUUAUAUUGGAUCUGGUGUUAAGGGAAGACGAACUGCCUGUGGUGACCCCUGAAACUGAGGAGUCGAAGAGCCUUUAUGAUAAGGCCAGUAAAACGAAGAAGCGUAUCGUAGAGCCCGCGCAAGUACAGGACCAAGGGUUGGGUCUGUACGCUCGACCAGGAACGGUUAUAGCGUUCAUGAUACUGCUGAUGUUGUUCUCCGUUCACUGCACGUGGGCCACCUCUAACGCGUACUCUAGUCCUAGUAUUGUGCUCGCUAGCUAUGGGAAUGACGGAUCGAGAAGAAUAUUGGAUGACUUCAGAGAAGCUUAUGGCUGGUUGUCACAGAACACAGCUGAAGAUGCAAGAAUUAUGUCAUGGUGGGAUUAUGGAUAUCAGAUAGCGGGAAUGGGCAAUCGAACGACACUAGUGGACAACAACACGUGGAACAAUUCGCACAUAGCGCUCGUGGGUAAAGCCAUGGCGAGCAAUGAAAGCGCUGCCUACAACAUCAUGACGCAGCUCGACGUGGACUAUGUACUGGUUAUAUUUGGUGGUGCUAUCGGAUAUUCCGGAGACGAUAUCAAUAAGUUUAUAUGGAUGGUCAGGAUCGCGGAGGGAGAACAUCCUAAGGAUAUACAUGAAGCUGAUUAUUUUACAGAGAGAGGGGAAUAUCGAGUAGAUUCAGAAGGUUCAAAGACUAUGUUAAAUUGUUUAAUGUACAAGCUAUCAUAUUAUAGAUACGACUCGGGCGGCAGUCCGCCGGGCUACGAUCGCACUCGUAAUGCGUUGCCCGGCAACCGCGGCUUCAAACUCACUUACCUAGAGGAGGCCUACACCACUGAGCAUUGGCUCGUUAGGAUAUACAGAGUGAAGAAGCCGGAUGAGUUCAAUCGUCCUCGCCUACCUCUAGCCAAGAGGACGAUACCCACCAACAAUGCUAUCUCCAAAAAGGCGAGGUCCCAGCAAUAGUUCCGAGAGAGUAAACAAAUCGAAUCAAACCCCGACAUCUAAAAGAAGAAAAGGGCUGCUCAAAAACAAGCCUACAGUUGUGAAAGGUAAGAAAAUGACGAGGUUGGAGUGACCUCGAGCCUAGAUAAGUUAUCAGUGGUAGAUGCGGCGCUAAGCAAGUGUCAUCAAACAUCUUGUACAAUGAAACAUUCCAAAAUCUAGCGAAAGUGCUUGUUAUGUUAAAGGAAAUAAAAGUCAUUUUCAUUUAACACCAUGAUGUAUAAAAUUGUUUAUAGUAUAUUAUAUGUUUUAUUUACUUGACGCGUAUUGAUUUAUUUAUUCGAGUGGAAAGACUCAAAUUGUUUGUUUAAUCGAACAGCACUUCUGAAGCCAGACAAAUAAGAGAAAUCUUGUACACGUGUUUGAUGAUUUUCCUCGUAGGUAACAUAUAGCAAUAAAUUGGAUUGUAAUUUUAUGAAUGUAGUACUUUGCGGGUAUUUUAUAACAUAAGUUUUUCAGGAAAAUUUUUGUUUAAAACUAAUUUGAUCACUUCUUUGUAUUGUACAUAUAAAUAAUGCCAAUAUUGUGAUGUACUUCUAGAGCAUGUACUAAUCAGACAUAUUUUUAUAUGAAAACUGAAUUUAAAUUUAUUUAUCCACCAUGAGAGAUGUACCUUGUAAAUUAAACUCGCUUUACAUUUUUAUUGUAUUUCUUCUUUUUAUAAGCCCUUUAACAUAGUUUUUAAAAGUUUGCACAAAAAUAUAUUAAAUUGAAUACCUUCUAGUUUAUUGUGAUUGUACAAAAUUGUUAAAAUUCUUUAAGAUAUAUUCGGAUUAAAAUUGAAACUUGGGCGGGCAUCUUUACCACUGAUAAUAUUUUAUACUACGUGACUGACACCAAUUAUGUGUAUUUAGUCCAUUAGAUAUCGUGUUUCUUAAAAUUUUAGGCGAUUGUUUUUGAUUUUAAUAAAUUUUUCUAUCGAUUACAUGGUCCUCACUUAAACAUACACUGUAAAUCGAAUCUUUUAUUUUUAAAGCUUGUGUAUUUGAAUGUUAACUUGCGUUUCUCUUUAUUUAUUUAUUUUAUGUAAUAUCUCAGUUUCAAAGGCACAAUUUGAACUUUAAAAGCACAACUGUGUGUUUUUCAAGGAAUAAUAUUUUACGCUUUUCUAACUUUAAAUGGAAAAAUCUUAACGGCCAUGUAGUCGAUAUUAUUUAUAGUGCAAAGAGUGUUAGUGCGGGUUUGGAGAACCUGAAGUUGUACCUUUAUAUCCAGCGAUCUUUUAACUGCUGUAUUAGAUUCAUGUUUAAGGUUUCCAUACUUUUAAAGGGAAAGUAUGGUAAAAAAAAGUAUUUUACUUUUUUACUUCUGCCACUAUAUUCUUAUAAUUUGAUUCCUUACAUCGCUUUGGUUCUCCUUACCUAGUCUAGUGUACGUGAAUGCGACGUCCAUUUGUAUAUUAAUUAAAUAGUUUAAUAUUGUUCCAAGAUGUUUUUCAUUGUCAAUAUAUUGCACCUUAUUCAACAUUCACGAUUAAGUAUCCCAGUUUGUAAAUUGUUAAUAUGUAUUUUCGAAUUUAAUAAAAUCGUUGUAACGUUAACUAUUUCUUCAUAAUGACCUGCUGAGUAUCAAUUCUGAAAACUCUCUCCAAAGGUACUAAUUAAUAUGUAAAGCAGCUAGAAUAUUCUUUUCACGAAAGGAAGUUUUAAAUAUUUAUUACUUUUAAUACAUUGUUCGCUUCAACAAUAAAUAUACAGGUACUUAUCUCAAUGAUAUGGAAAAUGAAGGCUUUUUAAAUAGGUGUUAAUUAUUUCAGUGCACUGGUCUAUUUCUAUCUAGAUUAGCUUACGUUAUUAUGUACUUAGCAUAUUUUAAUAUGUUUUGUAUUGCUGUGCAUUUAGAUAAAGACUUGCGAUUCCAACUCGUAUAGCAAGGUGUGAGAAAUAGUUUUAUAUAAUGUGUUUAUUCAUUAUUGACCACCAAAGAGAUUAAGAGAUUGAGCCUCUCGGGCUCGGUGGAGUCUAAUAUAGUUAUGUACAAGUUAAGAUCAGUGAAACACGAAUACUACUCAUAAAUAAGUAACUAACGUUUGAAUAGGUGUGAGAGGAUCGCUUGAGACAUUAUAAUAGUCGUUAUUUUUCCGACCAGUGCAUUUAAUAUGUCGUAAAUUUUUCAUGCAUUGUCUACUUGUGUGUGUGUUUAAGUUUGCCAUUCUCAAACUGACUCUAAUUAUGAAUUUUAUGUUGUUUAAUUUUAUUGUUGCACAGCACUAUAUUGUUUUCUUAUUGUGACAGAGGUUUAUAGUCUAGAUAAGAUGCUAUUGUACUUUACAAUGUGUUCUGAAUAAACAGCUGAUGAUGA